CUCACACACACACCACCACCACAGUUUCUCACUUCCCUCUGCUCCUCUGCCUACUGAUACUUCUGCUUCCACUGCUGCUUCUUUUUUCUUGCCUUCCUCGCUCCCUUCCCUCCUCUCUGUAGCUCGCUCCUCAUCCUCAAUCCACCAUGGUGAACAGAUAACCGCCCCUGCCGUCCCGAGACCAUGGGUGCCUGCCUCUGCAAAGGUCACAAAGAGAUCAGCAUUCCUGUAUCAACACUGCACCACCCCGAGGAGGGUCAGUCAUCCCCUGUCAAGGAUGACCAGAAUCCCUCCAAUGGCAGCGUAUCAGAUAAAACCAGUCGCUAUGACAUUGCAGAGCUGGCCACAUCCUCUUUACUGGGUCUGGUGGCCACAAUAAAGGAGCACAUCACCAAGCCGACGGCAAUGGCCCAGGGGCGAGUUGCGCACCUGAUUGAGUGGAAGGGUUGGGGUGGAUGCGGUGAAGCCAGGGGAGGCGGAGGUGGAUGGAGCGGGGCCUGGGGUAGAGGAGGCGGCGCCUGGGGGGGCAUGGAGGCCGAGCUGCAGGAAGAUGAACAGCUUUAUUCCCAAAUGACGGACGAAUUCAAAGAAGCUCGCUUCGCUGCAGGUGUCGCGGAGCAGUUUGCCCUGGCUGAGGCAGCCAUGAACGUGUGGUCCAUGAACGACAACACAGAGCAGCCGUCCACCAGCUUACAAGCAGCACAGAGCCACUACAUGUCUCAGUUCCUGCUUGAUGGUGGAAGCGUUGGCGUCCCUCAGCAUCUGUACAGCAUUCACACCCAGGCGUAUGGCAACAACACUGCAGCCAACCUGGUCCCCCCUCCACCGCCACCAAUCAGCUCCGCUUCCCUGAUGUCCAACGCCCAGGACAGAGAUCAUCCUAUUCAGGACAGAAGCACUGUGAUUGCAGAAGCCGCUGUCCGACACGUAGACAGCAGCUCCUUAUCCGAGGACGAUGUUUUUUACAACUAGGCUGUAAAAAAAGAAGCCUUGAUGGCAAUCUCUAAAAUGAGCCUCGGUGUAAGGAGUCUCAACCACCAGCAACGAGCGAGAGGAGAAGUAAAGGCAGACAUUUAAGAGGCGACUCUGUAAAUGGCUUUUCUGAAAAGGUUCAGAAGACUCCGGAUAGUAUUUUCCUGAGAGCUGAGGCAUAUAGUUUUGUGAAUGUACAUAGUUCAACUGUCACAUUAAAAAAAACAUUUUUUAUUCCAUGUACAUGAAGUAGUUAUA